UCCUACUUUCUGGGGACCCGGGUUUCUCCGCCGCAGCUCCACGUUGGGAAGACACCGCACUGUGAGGGGUCGCAGCCUACUUUGAGAAGGGGGCACUCGGGCGCCCUUUUAAGGCGUCCCUUCAAACCAUGGCGCUGCCGGGCUCCUCACAGCCCCAGGCCUGGAGCCUCGAGCCCCUGGCUCCUGUAGCCGCCACCUCCUCAUCUGGGGGACUCCAGGCGCAGGACGGCGCCGGGAGCCCCGCGGCGGCCGGAGUCCCGCUGGAGAAGGUGAAGCGGCCCAUGAACGCGUUCAUGGUGUGGAGCUCCGCCCAGCGCCGCCAGAUGGCGCAGCAGAACCCCAAGAUGCACAACUCGGAAAUCUCCAAGCGCCUGGGCGCGCAAUGGAAGCAGCUGGGCGAGGAGGAGAAACGACCCUUCGUGGAGGAGGCCAAGCGCCUGCGUGCCCGGCACCUGCGCGACUACCCCGACUACAAGUACCGGCCUCGGCGUAAAACCAAGAGUUCGGGCCCCGGGCCUGCUCACUACAACCAGGGAAGCUACAGCCCGGUCUGUGGGGGCCCAGCCUGGGGAGCAGCAUUCACAACCACCCAAGGGAGCAGAGGCUUUGGGUACCAGCCCCCCAACUACUCUACACCCUACCUGCCUGGCAGCUAUGGCUCUUCUUCACAUUGUAGACCGGAGGUCCCCUCACCGUGCUCCCUCCCUCAGAGUGACCCUAGGCUCCAGGGGGAGCUGCCACCUCCCUAUGCCCCUUACCUGCCCCCAGGCUCUCCUCCAUACAACACUCCCCUGGCAGGUGCCCCGUGCCCCUAGCCCACCUUUCCACACAUGGAACUCUGUGAAGACCAUGUCCUCUUUCCCUCCCAGAACCCUCUCAAUUACAAUCCUCCCACAAAGCAAAACCACACUAAACCCAGUUUUUUACAAUUAAAUCUUGUCUGGAGUCUUUAUUGUCCCAUCCAGCAUCACCACAGCAGCAGGAACCAGUGCCAUCUCCAC